AUGGCGGUCCUAAAUCAUGGACUGACGCUGAGGCUUUUGACUACACCUUACGAUGCCACUAUCCGGAUUAAAAUAAAUGAAGAUCUGAACACCGAUAAGAUACCCAUUAAAAGAAGAGUUAGACAAGAUAAUACAAUAUCACCAAAGUUGUUCACUCUAACAUUAGAAGACAUAUUCAAAAACCUAGAGUGGGAAUAUAAGGAAAUUAUAAUGCCAGUAAUGGUAUAUGAAGAAACUCUAACAAAGAAUAACUCUAACAAAGAAAAGGGCACAUCGCUUGAGAAUCUGCUAGCGAAGGAUGGAAUGUACAAUACUGAGAAUAAAUUUAAGACAGAAGAUAAGAAACGAGAAAAUUAG